GGCCGCGGACGCGAGCCGCGGGCCGGGUGGCCUUAUCACCGUCGGCCACACAGUCGCUUCGCGCGCCUCGCGGCUAACACGUCUCCGCGCGCGAACUCUCCCCGCGAACUCUACGCUCUGUGACUUGUGAUCGACGGAUCAGUGAAACCCGAACUGAAACUUGUGUGUACACGUGCCGCGCAUUGCGCACCCGUUCUAUCUAUAUUUUUAUUGGACCGUGUGUCCCAUUCACGGGAGUUAUAAUAUCAUACAACUGCUGGCCUGUCAAAUAUUGUAAACACUGCACACGUGCCGCCGGCUCGCAAACCGCGAGACGUGAAAAUGGCGACCAAGGGCAAGCGGCCGAUGCGAGCCCUUACGCCUGGUGACAAGAUCGAAGCGAUACAACGCGUUAAUGAUGGAGAGUCUAAGGCCUCUGUCGCUCGGGACAUAGGUGUCCCUGAGUCCACGCUUCGUGGGUGGUGUAAGAACGAGGACAAGUUACGCUACAUGACCUCACGACUGUCGUCACCCGACACUGAUAAGAGCAAUGAUGGCGAACCGCAGGACAAGCGAGCACGCACCGAGUCACCGGCCGCACCACCGUCACCGAUCGCCGCUGGUCUCGAUCUCACCACACCAACUAGUACUGUACAUACAACUCAGCACAGUACAACUCCUAUCGACGCUCCAGUUGAACUCACCACUAAGCGUUCCCAACCAUCACCAACACCUCAUCUCCCACGUGACCGUCGACCAGAUCCAGGUGCCAGUGUAUCUAUGAGUGCCAUCAGCCCUUUAUCGGGCCUUGCGCAUUUACCCGGACUCACACAUUCCCAUCUAGGUCUGAGCUUCAACGAAAUUGCCACCAACUUGACCCUGCUGGCUCAACUCAAUCCGGGACUGUCCGCCCUAUCUGCUCAACCAGCUAGUCGAGCUUUACGUUCUGUUCGGUCACCUAAGCCUGCACAUAACGGAGUCCUGAAUUUGAACGAGAGCAAACAUCGCAGCAAACCACACCACCAUUCUGAUCCGUAUAGAUCAAGCGGGUCAAAAUCUAGCCACCACAGUACGUCAUCCUCCACUGCAAAUCAACCAGUAGAUGACACAUUGUGGUAUUGGCUGAAAACACAACAAGCCAUGUUAGAUUUAACUGCACAGAGCUCAACAGCUCAUCAACUUCAGCUCGGAAAACCAGAUCCGACUACUGCUCCGAAACCUGUCGCCCCUGCUCCACCGGUCACCUCGCACCUUGACUAUAACAGAAAUUCAUGGCUGUGGCAAUACUACAAACAGUUUGGUGGAGCGAUGCCACUACCAGAAGACAAACACAAAUCUGCGUCUCAAGUACCAAAAGAUAAAACUUCGGAAAAUAUACUUUAUUCACAUCUAACGAAAAGCAAGGAUGAGGAGCACAUUGCUAUGAUGAGCCCUAUUCAACAGCAACUCCGUAACGAAAAUGUCAGGGAAACUAAUCAUAAGGAACCACGUGUGGCUCAGCCGGCUACUAGCCCGGAGAUCAGUACGGAGAAUAAAGAGCCAUUAUCAGAGAGGAACCACGAAUCAGGCAAGAAUCAGAUCAAAGCUCGCACUGUGCUCGAUAAUCUUUUAUUUAACAAUACAAACCAGACGGCAAGUAAGGAAAUGAAAAGUGUAGACUUGCCAAAUGGUGAAUGGGAUACAGGCACCGCUGAAGCAUUGGAACACGGCGACAAGUUUUUGGCUUGGCUGGAAGCCAGCGGCGACCCAAGUGUGACGCGCAUGCACGUGCAUCAGCUGAGGGCACUUCUACAAAACCUGCGAGCAAGGCGAUCGGCCGCCGCUGUGCCCGCCGAGCCCUCCGACCAUGCCGCCCGUCGCAAAUGAACCGCCGGGAACGCUCCGCGCUCGCUACAGGGAAUAUUUCAAUUAUGUACAUAGUUACGACGUCGCCAGUAAGCGUUCACUUGUGAUAUGUGUAGCCAAAUUUGCGUAAUUUCUUUGUUCUAAAAAGAAAGCUAUGCAUUAUUUUUCUUUAGUCCUAAGACUUAACUAGGUGUAAGUGUGAGAUCCGGCGCCACCUCGACGAGUUCCGUCGAUGUGCGCGCCAGCUAACCCGUCUCCGAGUCUAACAAAUUUAAUAGUUAUUAAAGCUGUAAAAAUAAAUGUUAUAUGCAAUCGAUAUUACUUUCUUGAUGCACAGAACUGUUUGUUACGUGGUUAGAUUAAGUAGAUCAGCUGUAUGUUGCCAUUUGACGAUUACAUUCCUAGUUGUACCCUUACUAUAUAGUUUAUAGUUGGAUCCCCUAUGUUCUACCUCAAGUCAAAACUAAUACUAAGUCACAGCGUCCUUUCAACUUUUCAUAAUAAGAGCAUUGCGCCCACGUCGCAAGGUGCCGGCCAGAGUUGGCGGCGUAUAUAAAAGAUACCAAAUAUUGAAAGGAUGCGGUCGUAUUGUGCCAAUCGUACGAACAAGGUACUAUUGUUAAGAUAUAUAGAUAACUCUAUUGCGUUAGCGCUAGGCAUUCGUUGUGUAAUUGUUUUCUAUUGCUCAGUAUUUUAUAUGGUAGACAUGUAUAUGUCUCGACUCGGAAUUGUAUUAUACGUUAAAGUUAACAGUUAAGGACACUGUGAUCAAAAUUAUAAAUUAUUGAGAGAUUAUUAAUACUGUAAGUACAUUCCUAAUUAAUAGAGCGUAUUAUGAUAAUGUUAUAAGAGAUGUCCAAUGUUGUAGAUGUGUUGCGACAACACCGUGGCGCAACUAAUAUAAUUAAAUAUAGUUGAAAGUUCAAAAAUUGUAUCUCCUUUCACUGAAGAUAAAAUUAUUGAUUUGCAUUUCGUGUUAAUUAUAUUAAAUCUACUUACUUGAAAUUAUUCGAGAGAUGAUAUUUUGUACAAAAUUGAAAAUUGGAUUAUAAAAUGAUUCUCUUAUCACAGAGUUUGUGAUCUCAAAAAUGUUGAAUGAUUAAAUUUGAUUGAACC